AUGUCCGAGGAGAUGUCACGCAUCAAGGUCGUUCGCGUCGCCUGCGAUGGCGAGGGCCUCGAGCCCAAGGCUUACGACCUGCCCUCUACCCAUGAGAUCUUCAGCAAGGGAGCGGUUUCCAAUCUCACCACCAGCAUCGGCAUCACGCUCCUCAUCUUGAACGUCUAUCCUUCUCUGAAGGUCCCCAAUAACACCAGAACCGCACGCCAGCAGCGCCCGCCGAAGACCUAUGGGUACACGCCUGACGGCCCGUACUUCCCCAACUCGAUUGCUUCGAUCCUGCUGGCGGCGGAUGACCUCCGCGGCAGCGUCAUGGUCGCGCGUCAGGACGGGCGCGAUCUGUACGUCGAGCACCUCGACAUGAUCAUGCAGUUCUUUCAUAGUGUCGUUGAAGCCAAGAAGGAAUACCACGGCACCGACGAAGAGGUCGCCGCCAUGAUGAGUCCAUUGGUGUUCCGACGCUUUUACGAGCAGCAGGUCAAGGCCCACCAGGACAACGCGGUCAAAUGCCACUCGCUUGCUGAUGUUCCGUCUCCCUUCUCGGACAUCAACACCGAGAUCAUCUUGGCGGGCAAGAGCGAGUCCAUGGAUGUGGACAUGGCGGAGUCCAAGGACGAAGGCGUUGCCUGGUAA